AUGAAUCAAUCGGCUCGGCUGCAAGACGCGCGAGCUUCGGAGGAAGAGAAUAGAGGAGACACGACGCAACUUGGUAAAAUAGCGAUACCUCUUCCAGGAAACGUGCUUGUACCGGAGCAGCUCCCACCUAAAACGACGGGCGCCAGGAAUGCUAGGAGCAAUAAGCUGUCGUUAAAUAAGGCGACAAACCAGACCAGCCGAGCGGGCUCCGGCGUGAGAGGCAAUCAGCACACUCCAACCUUGCCACGAGCCGCAGGAAAACAGGUUCCUGUUCAACUGCGACCGGCCCCGAUAUUGUCCAAAGCAGUGGCGGUGCAGCCACAGAGACCUGCACCCUCGGUUGUUACGCGCGCGAGCGUUGGGAAACAACCGCUCCGUGUACAUCCAGCGACGGCUAAGCCUCUGAAUCCGCCGGCAUCAAAUACCAAUACCGGUCCUGGCAUUGUCCCGCCUUUGGCUACUGGCCACUCGCGUCCACCCUCAGUUGCAACACGAAUGAGCGUUGGGUCCCAGUCACUUAACAUAUCUUCCGCGCCGAUUGUCGCGAAGCCUGUCAACCCGCCCACAUCAAAGAUCAUCAAAGGCCCUGCUUUCGUCCCGCCUCUGCCCAAUGUCCCCUCUCGCCCACCCUCUAUCCAGAAGGGUGUGCCACAUCCUCUUCGACAGUCGCAUAUAUUAGUGGAUUUACCCUUCUCCUUAUCUGCAACGCAGACCCCUGUGCCUCCAGCACAUACAGUGGUCUCACGCACGAACGACUUGAAGAAAAUGUCUUGGGAUGCUACACCAAGCGAGCAAUCCUCCGAUCCACCAGCGCAAUCUAUGGAGGUCGACUUCCCACCACCGGCGACGACCCAGGGAGAAGCAGCUCCAGACGAUCCCAUGGACGGCGGAGUCGCGCAACUCGGCGAUGCACUCCAGGCCCUCUCAUUAGAUGUGGGAUUGGGCGUAGAUAUGGAAAUGAGCCUAGACUUGGGCUCCAGUGAGAGGCUACAACAGAGCAGCGCCGUCCAAAUUCAGAUGGGGACAGCUCACAAUAUGGCUUCUUCACCGACAGCCUUCUGGUGUUCUCCCCCAGUGGUACCACGAGUAAACACAUUUGAACCUGAUUCCCGCAAUAACCCUCGAGGACUAUGCAACGAGAGCGCACAUGCCCAAGGGAGAUCAGUCCCUGCGUGGUCUUCAUCGACGUUGACACCGGAUGCGCAAGCGAUAGCUUCGCAAGCAACUGGCAAGGAACGAGAUGAAAACCCUAAAGUGCUUCAAGUUGGGGCCACAGAAUCCCGGACGCAGAGGAACUCUGCACUACCUGCAGCAACCUCCACCUAUACUCCACCGACAAACGUACCGACAAACGUAGAAGCAAAUGGAGUCCACUGGGGGCGUGAAAAAGAACCUGCAACGACGCAGGGCACACUUGCUCAACUAGCUCCCGCGGUUCCAGAUUCUCAAGCAAGAACGUCCCAAAGAAACCGAGAGUCAUGGGAAUCGACUGAUAAGACUGGAGCGUCGCGGCAUGCAGACGCAACAGCCCAGGUGCUGGAGGCCUCUGCGCUGCACUCAUCGAUCCCCGCUGGUCCACCAACGACAAGUGAUCGAAGUAAUGAGCUUGGAUGGGCGCAGGCUGAAGGGCUUCAAGUGGCGCAGGGAACACCCGAUGGUAUUCACAAUCAGACGACCCCUGUACCACCUCCUUUCACCUUCACGACCGACCCACAGGAUAUCUUAGCGUCGCAACAAGAACGGAUAAGUGAGGAGCGGGAUACCCAAUACAGAGCGCCUGUAGGUGAAGAUGGUGUGAUGCAGCCUUACGAGUUCGGAAAAGACGGGAGACUAUUGAGACGUUUCCCAGUCUCAUCCAAGGCACUGGCGUGGCAUUACAUCCUGCCAGAACCAGAGGACGUCUCAGCCCAAACCUACAACGGGUGCGAGACCCAAGACCAACAAGCCGUCCUUCAGCAGGAUCUCUCUGGUGCCUAUCCUAUAGAGCUUCGGAUGGAAAGCCCCUCCGAGAACGCCCCUGAGGUCAUCGGAGGACACCAACUUGAAGACGUAAUGUCCAGCUUCGAUUUUUUUUGGGACCACUCGGCGAGCGUGAAUAUAUAUGGCGCAACCGGCUACUCUCCGAGCAUGGCAGACUACAGUGCCAAUGGACAGCUACAACUAGUCGGUCUGGAUCCAGAGCGAGGGCCCCUCCAACGAGAUAUGGUUCAGAUGGAGACCCCUGGCGCGUCCACGUCGCAAGUAACGUUGCCGAUGCUUCCAGAGCAGGAAUUGACGUCGCAGGCUACCUCCUCCCGUGGUCGGACUCAACACAGGGCGGGGGUAGCUAAGGUCGAUCAAUCCAAUAACAUUUCCACUCGCGCCUUCAAUUCUGGAGACAGACGGAGACCAACCAAUGGAGACGGGACGCUUGAAACCCAAGGCCAUCCCGAUCAAGUGAAAGAGCUGUCAACCGUGCCGGCAGGGCAGACGGGACCCCAGAAGAUAAAUGUCCAGCAGGACAGACCUGAUUCUUCCCGUGAACUUGUCGAACAGGAGACGCGAGUGUCGAGACAUGGCCUGAUACAAGCAAUGGCUAGUGACGAUCCGAAUCUGGACCCAGCCUUGCGACCCAUUCCCGUAGGACCUGAAUGGAUCCUACCGAGCGCCUCAAACAUUGCUCCCGUGCUUCAACCAGGGAGUCCAGCGCGAGGUGCUUCCAUCUUGGAACCGGGACAGCCUGACAAGGUGGACGAGCCGGAUACCCGAAGACCCCCUGGCCCCUCGAAUUACCGACCGACGCGGGACGAGAGAGACAACGGCGAAUUAGCUGAAGCCAGUCGACAAUGGGAUGCAGCAACAAGGCCAGGUCCGUCGAGUGAUGUCCAGACUGAACAAGAACGAAUCGCAAGGUCCAAAGGGAGUAACCACGCCAUUGACUCUCUGACCAGUGAAUCACAUGUACAGUUCGAGCUUCCCAUACCCCCAAGGACGCCGAUGCGGCGCCUUAAGAAACACGAAAACCCUUUCCAGAAGUCAACGAAAAAGAAGCGAUCGAAACCUACCAGGGUAGCUAUACCCACUGGGGAUGUACCAGCGGCUGAAGCAUCGUCCGCAAAGGAUGCGCCAGAUAACGGGGAUUCGAUAGACAAACUUUCGGCCGGACUAGAGAGCAAGCUGAAGAUGUAG